AGGGAGACAGAUAAAGAGACAUCCAGAUAGGGAGAGAGAGAGGGGGGGCUGGAUAAUGGGAUUGAGGGAGAGAGAGGAGUAGAGAGAGACAGACUGAGAGACACAGUUGGGGUACACCUGACCUUAAGAAGGGAGGGGAGCUCCUCUAGCUACACACCCAAACACACAGUGUAAGAGACAGCGGCAGCGAGCCAACAGAGAGCCAGCCGACCAGCAGCCAUGACAGACACUGACUCUCUGAGUGAGGCGCUAAAGGCUAUCAGUGUGAGUACAGAACUGAUUGAUGAGGAGCUCAAACCUCAUUUGGACAUACUGCUGGCUUCUCUGCUGGAAAAGAAGAAAGAUGCUGCUGUUGAGAUUGUCAGAAGUGGGAUUCUACCCACACUGGCUCAGGCCUUACAGAGUAAAAGCAACCUGAGCUGCCAGGUGGCUCUAGUGGUAGCAGAGAUGGCCCGUGAAGCUGCAGUCAGGGAGCCAUGUAUCGAGGCAGGCCUGGUGAAGGUGCUUGUUCCGCAUCUGAACAGCAAUAACCAGGACAUGCUGCUGAACACAGGCAGAGCCAUUGGACGCAUCUGCUUUGACAACUCAUACCAGCAGGACCAGUUAGUCCAGAGUGGUGUAAUCCCCAGACUGGUGUCCAUAAUGAGGGAAUAUCCAGAGAACGACCCACUGGUUAACGUCUGCCUGCUGGCCCUCUGUAACCUCGCUGACAUGGACUCUGCGAGGGAAGCCCUGACAGAGCUGGAUGUGGCAGAUGUACUGACAUUUCAGUUGAAACGGGCACCUGAUGCAGAACGCCGACACGUCAUCCUGGAAAUACUGGGCGCACUGGGCGAGAGUGAUAUACUGAAGCUGCAGUUUGCAGAGUCAGGAGUACCAGAGGCUUUAUCAGCGAUGAUUCGGGGCCUGCUAGGAGGUUCUGACCCCCAUGACCUCUGCAGCAUCAAGAUCGCCUCCAACCUCAUAGUGUCCUUGCUUUUAGGAGAUGAGUCUAUGCAGAAGUGUUUUGGUGAAGGAUCAGGUCUGGUGUAUCAGGAUGUUCUGUCCUGGCUACAGAGCUCCAACACUCAGCUGCAGCUGUCUGGAGCCUUGGCCAUCGCCAACUUCGCCAGAAAUGACAGUAACUGUGUGAAAAUGCUGGACCUUGGGGUGGUCCCUCACAUCCUGACUUUGUUGGAGCAACAUGUUGACGAAGGAGAUGUGUCUGUUCAACAUGCUGGACUGAGCGCGCUCAGAAACCUGGCUAUUCCUGCCACCAAUAAAGUGCGGAUGCUGGAGGAUGGGGUGACAGAGAGGAUAAAGACCCUGCUGCGCUCUGACAUGCCACCAGUUCAGUUCAAACUGCUGGGUACACUACGCAUGAUGGUGGAUGGACAAGAGGAGGCAGCCUUAGUCCUGGGGAGAGAUGCUGUGCUGCUGGCUCGGGUCAUGGAGUGGUGUGAAGCCAAAGACCACGCAGGAGUUCGAGGGGAAGCUAGUCGCUUAUUGGCUGCCCUCAUCAGACACAGCCGCAGCCCUGAAGUUGUCCGUGCUGUAGCCAAAGCAGAUGGGGUUCGGCACCUUAUUUCCAUGGCAAGAAGUGAGCACGUCAUCAUGCAGAAUGAGGCCCUGGUUGCAUUGGCAAUAGCAUCUGCUAUUGACCUUGAGUCUAUGAAGGAUCCAUUCAGGGAGGCAGAGCUAUUGGCCAUGCUAAAGAAGAUGUUGGAGGAUCCUGUAGGGGCAGUUGAAGUCAAGUUCAGUGCUUUAGGUCUCAUCUGCAGCCUGGCUAACACAAGUGAAAUGAAGGAGGAAUUGAACUCUGUGAAUAUGAAGGAAAGCCUCAGUAAACUGACAGAUCAUAGCAGCAGUAAACUUGCCUCACAGGCCAGUUCCAUCAUGGCUAUUCUCAGUGACACCAGCUAAACCAGUACACUAGAGCAAUAAAGAAUCUCAUCUGCUGUAUGGAUUUAUCCACCUUAUUCAAUAACAUACUUUUAUUCAAAUGAUCUUAUUGCACAGACAUUGGUAAAUAAUGAAUUGGCUUCUAAAAUUGUCACCUGCUAUGUGGCAACAAUGACUAACUAAAAACAUGCAUGAUUAAGACUUUGUGCCCCCAAGAGCAGCUCCCAGGGGCUGCAAUGUUCGCAGGAGGAAUAAACAACAUAAGGACAGAUUUCCAGUUUUUAAACCCUAAACAGUAAUAGGGCUGGAGUGCAGUUUUUGUUGGAAGUGUUGGCCGAAAGGAAAGGCCAUAAGGUCACCAAGCCCAAGAUGGUUCAUGGAGCAUGAAUGUACUCAGCAAAUUCCAUGGUAACCUGUCCAUCAGAUUCUGCUAUUUCUUCAUACAAAUGUACAGUAAAUGUAAAAGCAUUGGUGGUGGCAGUAGAGGAAACAUCAGGGGGUCUACAAAAACAGAGGGAUUCCCUCACAUAAAAUCUUCAGAAAAGGCUUAUUUAAAAUCAAUAAUUUUUUUCAAAAUAACUUGUCGUAGACCAAAAACAUGAUCAAAAGAAAAUUAUGAAAAUCUAAUUUUCCUGAAUGAUUUUUCACAAUGGCACAAAACAGGGUCAAAGAGGCAUCCAAAACCUGGUCUUUGCACCCUUCCAAAGUGGUAGAUAGAUGGGCAGAUGGACAGACAUCACCUUCUUUGAGCCCUGCAGGUAGAGGGUCAAAAACAUUAGUGCAAAGUGUUUAUACUUACAGGAUGCAGGCUCCUGUUAAUCAUUUGGCACAUAACUUUGCAAGUUUGCACUGGUUUAACCCCUUAACGCUGAUCGUCGCGAAUUCACAUUAUACCGUUUGCAUUCAGACUGCAGCAAAGAUAGCGUCAGCUUGAAAGCAAAAACACAAGUAAUUAAUUUUUUUAUACAAUUAUAAAUACAUUCAGGCAUCAAGGGGUUAAUACUUCAAAGAAACAAACUUCCAGUUGUGGAAUACAGAGGUUCAGCUUCAAGUAUAUCAUAUAAAGUUUCAAGUCUCAAAAGAAAUUUUCUAAAAUAUUUUUAAAAUGCACUCAGAAUAUGAUCAGAGAAAGUUUUCGUUUUCAAUAUCAAAAAGGUGAAAAUGUAACAAAAAGUGAUUUAGACUUCUAAGGUCCACUUACUACACUUUAUUCAAAGCUUUCAGCCACAUCUCAUGGCCUUCAUCACUGGAUGAAGUUUGUCUGUUGUCAUGGAGAUUGCUUGGUUGUCAUCACAUGACCUAAACAUAGACCUUUGGUUAAAAAUGAAAAUGUGUAAAAUACAAUCCUGUCUCAAGGCAAUCUGUGUCCAUGUAAUCAAAUGUGUUGAUGUAUUUAUUGAUUUUAUGUACAUGGACACGAAUGACCUUUUUUUGUGGCAGCUGACACGACUUUCAGUUCAUCAAAUAGUCAACAUUUAAUGUAUUGAUUAAUAUAGCCUACAUGGCCACUAAUUAAUAUUUUUUUUCAGUGACAGUAAAAUAUUGGCUUGUGGUCAGUAUGGCAGUAUUAUACUUAUUUAUGGUUAUGUGUAGGCACACAUGGCGCAUGGUUAAGGUUAUUGAAAAAUUGUGGUCUGGUUUAAUGCAGAAAAGGUUGAUUGGUUUAAUACACAACAUGUCUAAGAUCAGACAUGUUGACUUCAAUUGAACCAACACCAUGAUCUUUUACAAGCUUUAACCAAAGUGCCUUUGUUGCCUAAACCUAACCACAGACUUUGGAUACAGACCCCAGUCUUUCAUGUGACUGUCAUGUGCUUUGUCCAACCCAACCUAUCUCCUUUCAACUCUGUUUCCAUUAAUGAAUGUAGCACUUCAUUCAAAAAGGAAAAAAAAGUUUUCAAUUGAGAUACAUGAGUUUGAAAGUUGUACUCACUGCCAUAUAAAGGGAUGUACACAAAAUAACUAGAUUACACUAAGUGUACAUGGACACAAACUGCCAUGAGAACAAGCUGGAAGAAUCCAAGUAGUCACUUGCUCUUGCAGAGAAGGGAAUGUACCGUGCUUUGGGCUUGCUUUCUCAUUAUCUUUCCAAGUCAGCAAUGCCAAAUUUACUUUAAGACUGAGGUAUUUUUUAUAGGCUGAAACCUGGUCAAGAUGACCAAAAUCUUCACUACAUAAUCAACAUAACCAGUUCAUCAACCAUUAUCAAAGCACUUUAAAACAGACUGUCAUUCUGAAAGGUAGAUUCAAACAAAACUAUUAGUGGAGCCACAUUAACAAGCAAUAAAUGAGCAUGGCAUGACCUACUGUAGUCCUUGAACCUUUAUGGUAUGUUAUUUCUCUUAAAGGGUCCUGAGCUCAUGCAGUAAUUGUACUGUACAUGAGUCAGGAAUGUCUGUGAAUAUUUGUAUCAUGUUACUGUGCUAGCUUUUUAGUUAUAGCUCAAACUAAAGAUGCUCUUUUCAUCUGUACACGUCAGACUGAAGCACUCUGAUGUCACAGUCAUGUCAUGUGUGAUGGAUGGUAGAGAUUAGAAAGGUUCAGAUAUUUAAGACUUGGAAGCGUUUAGGUAAUGGGACAACUCAAGAUGGUUAUGUGGUCUAUAAAUUGGUGGAGUAAGAGAUAAGAGUACAAUUAAUUGACAAUGUAGCAUUAUAUCCAUUACAUUUAGAUUUGGUUGAAUUGAACGACAGCUGAUGUAACCACUCCAAAGUUGUUUGCCAUUUCAGGCACUUAAGCAACAAGUCAGAGCUUCCAGAAAAUUCAGUUUGCUGGUUGUAAUUAUGACUCAGAUGUUGAUGAGAAUGAUAUCCACCCGCUGAAACUUUUUGUAGUAACUUUGAUAUGACAUAAAUGCUGCCAACAGGUUUUAUUAUACCACACUAUAGGACCCAAUAUAAUAUGUUUGAUUGGUGGCAUUGCAGUUAGUGGAUACACUAUGUGCAACCUAGCACAAUUCCAACCAAUAAUGCGGGGUAUGGUAAGAGGUCCAACACAUCUCAAACUUUUAACCAGAGAGGUUUCUCAGCCUAAUUUUAAGUUACUCUCUCAUUUAACUAAUAUCACAGCACAAGUAGUCUUCACCCACUGUCCACUCUUACAAAUGUAAGUGCAGCUCCACAUCAAAAUCAACAUAAAUGAACUGUCAGUUACACAGUACAAAUGGAGGUUAUGGGAGUGGGGGUUAUGAAUCUCCACUCUAUAGCAUUGUGAAGAAGCCACAUGCACAACAUGUUGAACUGCAACCAUUAAAAUUUGUAUAUAUAAUAUACAAUCAUUCUAAUACAAUUCAUGUACAACUGUGCCCAAAGCACUUCAGUGUGCAUUUAUAGUUUAGUAAUUAUAGGGAAAGGGUGAGCAUGUGUGUUCUGUACAAUAUCAAGUGAAUAAUCUGUCAAUGGACAAUUGCUGUAAUGUUCCAUGUAAUAUCUGCGUGUAUACAUAACUAGAUACCAUUUAAAAUUUGUGAGCAAAUCUGUCUAUUUUUCAGGGAGGGCAUUUUUGACAUUUUCAGAGCUUUGUUCCAGAGAGAGCAGAAUAAAGUUAAGCGAUGUCUUCCCCCA